ACUGAUUGUUUUGGUGAAAUUGUUAUUAGAAGAUAAGGCUAUUAAAGGAAUUCUACGAAACAUGAAUAUUGACUUCGAUAAAAAAUAUGAACUGAAUUGUUUGUAAAGGUAAUGUGUUAAUUGGUCAAGCCAGAAGUUUGAAGUGCAUUUUCACUGCAUUUGCUCUCCAAGUUCACAUUAUUAUGAUUUCCAGUCUUUAUUUGCAAUUACAUAUUUUUGCUUGAUGCAGUCUCUUGCAGCUCACCUCUCACACCAGCACCAAAGUACAACUGUUAAAAUUCUGCAAUUGUUGAUCCAGCAUGGCCUGGCAGUCGUAAGCAGUGAAAAUUUAAUCCUGAAGUCGACUACACUCUAGCAGCCAUAGCCAUGAUACGUGUCCGCCACCUGUGCCACUGUGUGCUCAUGUGCAUAGUGAUUUUCACGUUUGAGGCAUCAUGCGGCGCGUUGCGGCUCUCGGACUUUGAAUACUCUGAGGUGAACCCGUGGGUGGAGUACGGUUUCACGGGGACCGUGGUGCUGUACCUACUACGGCUGCUCACCUUCUUGGCGCUACCCCAGGUGAUAUUCAACAUGCUGGGUAUGCUGCUGUACGACGCGUUCCCCGACAAAGUCACUCUGAAGGGCUCGCCGCUACUGGCGCCGUUCGUCUGUGUGCGUAUCGUGACUCGCGGCGACUACCCGGAGCUAGUGCGAGCCAACGCGCUGCGCAACAUGAACACCUGCCUGGCGGUCGGCAUGGAGAACUUCAUGGUGGAGGUGGUCUCUGACCGGCCCGUCCAUCUGGCCAAGCACGCCCGGCUGCGCGAGGUAGUGGUGCCUAGCUCGUACCAGACCAAGUCGGGCGCGCUGUUCAAGGCGCGCGCGCUCCAGUACUGUCUGGAGGACGACGUGAACAUGCUGCAGGCCACCGACUGGGUGGUCCACCUGGACGAGGAGACCCUUCUGACCGAGAACGCCGUGCGCGGCGUCAUCAACUUUGUGCUGGACGGACGCCACCUGUUCGGACAGGGGCUCAUCACAUACGCCAAUGAGAACGUGGUCAACUGGGUCACCACCCUGGCCGACAGCUUCCGCGUGGCCGACGACAUGGGCAAGCUGCGCUUCCAGUUCAAGCGGUUCCACAAGCCCUACUUCUCGUGGAAGGGAUCCUACGUGGUGACCCAGCUGGGCGCCGAGCGUAAGGUUUCGUUCGACAAUGGACUGGAUGGAUCGAUAGCCGAGGACUGCUUCUUUUCCAUGGUUGCGUUCCAGGAGGGCUACACUUUCGACUUCAUCGAGGGUGAGAUGUGGGAGAAGUCGCCGUUCACGUUCUGGGACUUUCUGCAGCAGCGGAAGCGCUGGAUGCAGGGCAUCUGGCUAGUGGUGCACUCGCCGGUCAUCCAGCUGCGCUACAAAGCGCUGCUGCUCAUCUCGCUGUACUCGUGGGUGACGCUGCCGCUGGCCAUGUCCAACCUGGUGCUGGCCGCCUUCUUCCCGCUGCCGAUGCCCCAGCUGCUGGACAUCCUGGCCGCCCUCUCGGGUGCCGUCAGCCUCUACAUGUACGUGUUCGGCGUGUUAAAGUCGUUCAGUCUCUACCGCAUGGGCUACGCGCGGAUGGCGCUCUGCAUAGUCGGAGCGCUGUGCACCGUACCGUUCAACAUCAUCACAGAAAAUAUAGCUGUCAUCUGGGGCCUGUUCGGCAACAAACACCGCUUCUACGUGGUGAGUAAACAGAUGAACAACGCCCGGCCAGAGACAUUAACCGUCUAGACGGCGCCGUCAGCUAGUCUUUUGUGAUGUGUCGAGCGAGUGUGCGCUGCGCGCCAGAUUUAGGCGCCGUUUUGGGUGCCGCACUGCCAGUAGGGGACCGUAGCGUCGGCCGCCACCCUCACCAAAGAUGCCGUCUCGCCACCGCCCUCGCCGCAUACUCGCCGCGGAGUUCAAACGGCUCGGUAUUACGUCCCGGCCAGCUCGGAGCAGGGCGCUCUCCGGCCGCCGAAACUCCCGAGCGGUGGCGUGCCACGCUCCUGUGUUGCCCUCUCGCGCGCCGCGGGUUUUGUUGUCGCGUUCCGUUUUGUUGCUGGUUUGUGCGUGUCCGUGCGGUCACGGUUUCUCAGCGCUAGUCGUCUCCGCCGCCGGUGUCCUGUGGGCGGUCCGGCACGGCGCCUCCCCCCCCCCCCCCCCACUCGGUCUCCGCCGGCUGGGGCCCAGUCAGCUGUUAGAGGUGCCAGUAGGCACCGCCCGUCUUAGACGUGCCGUGUGUUUGUGUGUGUGUGUGUGUGUGUUGAAGUCGAUGUUCGGGUAGGUUGACGCGCACAAACUCAGCGGGUGUCUGCGGCCAUCGCCGCCAGUCGGGCCUACCGCCGCCCUCCGCACCGCACCGUGCCCUUGGCCUCCACUCCCCGAUGGCAGGUUUGUCACGCGUUUUACCGGUGACUCGGAAGGGCCCACAGGCGACGUGCUGUAUCUCCUCCGACUUUGUUACGUUGGUAUCUUCCUUACAGGAAGACCGGCUUGUGUUACUGUUUUGACAUUUGGUUGUCCCCUCCCCCGCCACGGCGACUUUUCUCCAGUUCGGUUCUUUCCCUUCCCGCUGCUGUUGCUUUGGCCAGGUACUGAAACCGACCUCCGCCAGGGGCCAGCCCUUGCGGCCCCGCCCUUCAGAGGCGCCGGCCGGUCUCUGUCUCUCAGGUUCGCCCGGACACCCAUUAGGUUUUGCUCGGGUGUUUAUUGGCAACAUGUUGGCCCUCUCGCCAGUGGUGCAAAUGCAUGUCAGUGGCAGUUUCCUGGAUGCGAGUUUUCACAGUGAAUUGUGCCGACUUAGCAAUCAUUUUUGUUGUGUCUGAAGUUUGGGCUAAGUUUAGGUUUCGUAAGCAUAGAACUUUGCCGAAAUUGUAUUUUUUUGUGGUGCGGUCCGCGCUACUGAGGCUAUGUAGACACGCAUGUGAUCAAUGUAGAACGUAAUCCCCAUUUGUAGUGAUGCUGUAACUUGCAAAUACAUCAGUCUCUUCUUCGAAA